AUGGGCCGUUCAUGGAAGGUAUUAUGUCAACUGCUACUCUGCAGUAGCGUUGCUCUGGCGUUUUGUCCUUCACUUUUAUCUGGCAGUGGCAGUGGCAGGAAUGUGGCCCCAUCGAUUGCGCAGGAGCCAUCGCCGUCCUUGGUAACUCUUAGUGCCAAAAAAAAGAAGAGGCGUCGUCGCAAGGACGCUGCUCCUGCCGAUCCAGUUGUGGAUCCUGCACCUGUACAAGAAAAGUCCCCACCGCCAACACAAAUUCCUGAUCCCGUCAUUGAAAAACAGGUGGAUUCUGCUCCCUCCGCCGAUAUCAACAGUGAGAUUGCUCAGCUUCAAGAUGUCGCCAAUUUUGAGUUUGAGCAGGAUGGAAUGAUUACCCCUCUCGGUGGUGAAACCCAACCUGCCGGAAACGCCCCUGUUGAGGGCUCUGGGGCCAUUCCCCUUCCUGACAUUAAAGAAACUCUCAAGAGAAAAGAAAUGGAGGAAAAGGCCAGACAAGUGGAAGAAAGCUUGAAAGAAAAGCGUAGAAUCAAACGAAGCGACAAAGAAGCCUUUACAAGGCUACUGGAACAACAACCAUAUGCCGAUGCUGAUGAUAGCUUCUUUGAAAAAGAAGAGUACACGACUGUGAGCGCAUUGCUUAGCGAAGGAUCUAAACCUUUUCUUGGAAUUCCAUCCGGUCCACUCCAGGUUGGACACUUCAUCGGAUCGCUUGGAAUCAUUUUGAUGGCCUUCGUCGAAUAUCCUGGGUUCCCACUCACAAAUCUACCAACACCGUUGCGAGAUUUCCUGCAAGGAGGCUUAGCGGUUACUUACACCAUCAAUGCAAUCUUGGCAGUAUUGGCAGUUUUCAAAGCUGGAGAAAGGGGACAGCCAAUCCCUCUUUGGGUAGUCAAAACUUUGUCCGUAGGAGGACUAGCAUACGAUCAAUUGACUCAACUCCCUUUGGAAGAGGGCAAGAGUAAACGCUAA